UGGAAAUUGGUGUGAAUUUAAGAGAACGAAACAAAUCACAUGUAAUGUUCGCAAUGGCACAGAAAUGUAUAUACAACGCACAGUAGCACCAUGGUGUAACUAUCAGCUUCGUACUCUAUACGGUCAAUUACAGCAUAAAGAUUGUACCAAAUCAGCUUAUCGGGUAAUGUUUCGACCAAAAUAUACGAUAGGAUACAGAACAGUAGAAACUACAGAAAGACGGUGUUGUCCGGGUUUUAGUGGCACAAAUUGUAAUGAUGCUUGUAUGAAUUGUUCGACGUUAAAUGAAUUACAACAAAAAGUAGACGAAUUGCUUAGCCGCUCACGAGGCACCUCUAUUAGACCUGUGAACAACGACGUUAACCUGGUGAACCCGGGGUAUAAUAGUGCUGGUGAUCGCGGAACGACCACACUAAGAGGGCCUCAAGGCCCACAGGGGCCCGGUGGACCCACUGGUUCAGUAGGGUCUCCUGGAGCUGUGGGUGCUAGUGGACCACCAGGACCCGUAGGACCAAAAGGAGAUCCUGGUUCUAGAGGGCCUGCAGGACCAUCAGGACCUGCCGGGCCACAGGGACCACCGGGAAUUCAAGGUCUUCCUGGGAAGUCCGCACCAGGAAUCGUUGGUCCACCGGGUCCACCUGGUUCCCCCGGUUCGAUUGAAUCACUAGGAAUGGUUGUUACGGCUGCAGAGUUAGAAGGACUCCUUCUAGAAAUGGCUAAACUCAAGGAUCGUGUGGACAUGCUCGAUGAAUUCAUCAAGUUUGGACAGGGUGGAGCCGAAUCAAUGAGCGAUCAGUUCUUCCCUAUGUCAGUCGGUAGUAGUGUAGACAUCGAAACACCCAGAACACCCGGUUACUCCAUACCCAACCAAGGUACAAACGGGUUCCCGGGUACCGUGGACGUCGGACCACCGCAGGGUAAUACUCUGAUAGGAGAGGAAGUAGCAUCGGGUGCUGGACCAACCGACUCGGCGGCUCUACUCCAAACCGAAUCCGAUCCCAUCCCGUCGGUCUUACUCCGCGGGGAUGGUCUUCUUCCUCCUGACGUCAUCACCAGGGGGAUACCCCUCUCAAUGUGCCCUUUGACAGGGAUGUAG